GUGCGAGAAGAACGUGGAGAUUGCGUUCCAAGAUGGCGGCUUUCUGAAAAUAAAAUCACGCAGGAGAAACUUUCUUCAAGUUUCUGCUCUGUUUCGCGUCGUAUAGACCAUAUACGGUCUUAUUUUUGUAUCAUACAAGAGCACAGAAUAUUGACCCCACCAUGGCAGGACUGCAGACGUGGGUGAAUGACCGGCUGUAUGACAUCCUGGGCAUGAGUGAUAAGUACGUGGGACAGUACCUAAUCGGUCUGGCUGAGAAGUCUGCCAACCCCGCUGACUUUGUGGAGAGGAUCAGGCAGACAGGGACCAUUGAUAUUGACGAGCCCAUCACCAGAUUCGCACACGAACUCUACAACAAGGUUCCUAAGAAGACCACAGCAAAGGUGUCCCAGUCCCGUCUGGCAGAACAGGCUGCCAUCGCCAUGCAGAAGAAAAAUGCCUCGUACAGACUCCUGUCUGACAGUGAAGACGAUGUGGUGGAGGUCAAGUCCAAGUCCAAGAAGAGGAAGAAGGAGGGGAAGGAGAAGAAGAGGAAACAGCUGAGGGCCAGAAGGGAGGAGAGCAGCGAAAGUGAGAGUGAUCAUGGCAGGGCCGCGUCUCCCAUGAAGAAGAAGGGUGACUCGGACUCUGACCUGGAUGAGUGGGAGAGAGAAGAGAAGGAGCGAUUGAGAGACCUGGAGGAGAGAGAUGCUUUCGCAGAACGACUGAAGGAGAGGGAUAAGGAGAAGACUCGCAACAUCAUGGAAAGAAGUGAUAAGAAGGCAUACGAGGAAGCCCAGAAGAGACUUAAGAUGGCGGAAGAAGACAGGAAGAAGAUGCUCCCUGAGCUGAGGAAGAAGUCUCGCCGGGACUACUUGAAGAAGCGUGAGGUGGACAAGCUGGAUGAGUUAGAGGCAGACGUCAUGGAUGAGGAGUACCUCUUCGCAGAGACCAAAUUGACAUCUCGAGAGAAGAAGGAGCUGGAGUACAAGAAGAAGGUUCUGAGUCUGGCUAAGGAGCACAAGCGGGCGGGAGACGUAGAGAAGGUGCAGAGGUACCACAUGCCUGAGGACAAGAAGGGAGAUGUUGGGAAGUACUCUUAUGUAGAGCCAGAAGAAGAAGAGAAAGGCCCUGGUUCAGAGCAGAAGCGUUGGGAGGAGGAACACCUCAGCAGUGCUGUGAUGAGGUUUGGAGCCAGGGACGCCAAACAGAAGAUGAAGGAGAAAACACAGGAGAAGGAAUAUGAACUGUUGGUUGAAGACGACAUGAUAGACUUUGUGAGCGCAGUGACGAUGAAGGGAACCAUUGACACAGAGGACCAACCCGAGCAGCUGUCGGCAGCGGAGAGGAAAGCUCAGUCCAUCAAGGAAGUGAAGGAAAGUCUGCCUGUCUUCAGGUACAGGGAGGGACUACUGGAGGCUAUCAAAGAACACCAGGUGUUGAUCAUCGAAGGUGAGACGGGUUCCGGUAAGACGACCCAGAUCCCCCAGUACCUGUACGAGGGGGGGUACUGUCAGGGAGGGAUGAAGAUCGGGUGCACCCAGCCGCGCCGUGUCGCCGCCAUGAGCGUAGCCGCUCGCGUGUCCGAGGAGAUGGGCUUCAAACUCGGCAACGAGGUCGGGUACAGCAUUCGGUUCGAGGACUGCACCUCGGAGAGGACCGUGCUGAAGUACAUGACAGAUGGGAUGCUGCUGAGAGAGUUUCUCGGGGAGCCGGACGUAUCAAGUUACAGCGUUCUGAUCAUCGACGAAGCCCACGAAAGAACGUUGCACACAGAUAUCCUGUUUGGGCUGGUGAAAGACAUCGCCAGGUUCCGGCCGGAUUUGAAACUCCUCAUAUCCAGCGCCACCAUGGACUGCGAGAAGUUCUCAGAAUUCUUCGACAACGCUCCGAUCUUCCGCAUCCCCGGGAGAAGGUUUCCGGUGGACAUCUUGUAUACAAAAGCCCCCGAGGCAGACUACCUUGAUGCGUGUGUUGUUUCUGUGCUACAAAUCCAUGUUACACAGCCGGAUGGGGAUAUCCUGGUGUUCCUAACAGGACAGGAAGAGAUCGAGACAGCCAACGAGAUGCUGACAGAACGCACUCGGAAGCUCGGAUCGAAAAUCAGAGAGCUGCUCAUCCUCCCGAUCUACGCGAACCUCCCGUCAGACAUGCAGGCGAAGAUUUUCGAGCCGACGCCGCCGGGCGCGAGAAAAGUCGUCCUGGCGACGAACAUCGCGGAAACGUCGCUCACGAUCGACGGAAUUGUGUACGUCAUUGACCCCGGGUUCUGCAAGCAGAAGAGUUACAAUGCACGGACGGGGAUGGAGUCGCUCAUCGUAACGCCCGUCUCCAAGGCGUCGGCCAAUCAGAGGGCCGGUAGAGCUGGGCGGGUCGCACCGGGAAAGUGUUUCCGUCUCUACACAGCCUGGGCGUACAAGAACGAACUGGAGGACACGACGGUGCCGGAAAUCCAGAGAACGAACUUGGGAAACGUUGUACUACUGUUGAAGAGUCUCGGCAUCAAUGAUCUUAUCCACUUUGACUUCAUGGAUCCGCCACCGCACGAGACGUUGGUCCUCGCGCUUGAGCAGUUGUACGCGCUCGGAGCACUGAACCAUCGCGGCGAGCUCACCAAACUCGGCCGCAAGAUGGCGGAGUUCCCCGUCGACCCCAUGUUGUCGAAAAUGAUCAUCGCGUCAGAACAGUACAAGGUUGUUGAAGAGAUCCUGACCAUCACGGCGAUGCUGAAUGUGCAGGGGUCGAUCUUCUACCGCCCGAAGGACAAGGCCGUCCACGCCGACAACGCUCGACAGAACUUCUUCAACAUGGCGGGGGACCACCUCACACUCAUGAACGUCUACAAUGAGUGGCAGGACACAGAGUUCUCGACCCAGUGGUGUUACGAGAACUUUAUCCAGUGGCGAGCGCUGCGGCGGGCGCGGGACGUCCGGGACCAGCUGGCCGGGCUCAUUGAGCGCGUCGAGAUCGAACCAACCAGCAACCCCGAGGACACAGUCGGUAUAAGGAAGGCCAUCACAUCAGGGUUUUUCUACCACACAGCGCGGCUGAGUAAGAGUGGGCAGUACAAGACAGUGAAACACCAGCAGACCGUCAUGAUCCACCCUAACAGCUGUCUGUUCCAGGAGCAGCCACGAUGGAUCAUCUACUUUGAGCUGGUCUUCACUACCAAGGAGUACAUGAGACAGGUGAUUGAGAUAGAGAACUCGUGGCUGUUAGAGGUCGCACCUCACUACUACAAGGGUAAGGAACUGGAGGACAACUCUGGCAAGAAGAUGCCCAAGACCGUCGGGAAGACUCGAGAGGAGCUCAAGCCGAUGGGAACGUGAUCUCCAAGCAGCAAACAAAAGAUAUAUACAAUCUACAUUCCAGCAAUAGAGAAGAUGUGAAAGAAGAAGCAGGAAAUAUUGCAAGAAAAUUAUGUACAUAUAUCGGAAAACUGAUUUUGUAUGUCACAGAAAUCAUCAUCAGCAUCCCUCAGUCUUAUGAGGUUUUUCUAAUCUAGUUUAAGAGUAGACAAUACUAAGUCUUGAUGA